CUCCAAGGCUGGCUGGCUAGCAGAGAGAGCUGCUGCUGCCAGCGCACCGUGCCAAAAACAAUCUGGCUGGCCUGGCCGCUGGUCUCGGCUGGAACCACGCUGCUGAUGCAAGGAAAUCGAUCGGACCGAAGCCCGAACCCGCGUGGCCGUCCGAUCAGAUCGCCCCCGGCCCACCUCCCCGCUCCGAUCCGAUCAAGAUCAGACGCUUCAGCCGGCCAAAAAAAUCCCGGCGGCUUCCGCGGAAAUCCUUAUAUUUCAAAGCCCACCCAAAUCCCCCGUCUCCUCGUCGUCCCCCUUCUUCUUCGUCUCCUACCACCGCGUCAAGUUCCCCCCUGUCUCUUCCUUCCUCCCUGCGAGCAGCAGCCGCGCGCGCCGGGGAUGGAGGCCGCGACGAUGGCCUGGACGGCGGCGGUGGCCGGGGUCGGGCUGGUGUACUGGUUCGUGUGGGUGAUGGGGUCGGCGGAGGUGAAGGGGAAGCGAGCGGUGGAUCUCAAGAUGGGAUCCAUCAACCGGGACAACGUCAAGGACAAGUACACCCAGUACUGGUCCUUCUUCCGCCGCCCCAAGGAGACGGCCACCGACGAGGCCUCCGCCGAGAAGGUUCCCGCCUUCGUCGACACCUUCUACAACCUCGUCACCGACAUCUACGAGUGGGGCUGGGGACAGUCCUUCCACUUCUCCCCUUCCCUCCCCGGCCGCUCCCACCGCGACGCCACCCGCGUCCACGAGGAGCGCGUCGCGGACCUCCUCAAGGCCAAGCCCGGCCACCGCCUCCUCGACGUCGGCUGCGGCGUCGGCGGGCCCAUGCGCGCCAUCGCCGCCCACUCCGGCUCCAACGUCGUCGGCAUCACAAUCAACGAGUACCAGGUCAACCGCGCCCGCUCCCACAACCGCAAGGCCGGGCUCGACUCCCGCUGCGAGGUCGUCUGCGGCAACUUCAUGUCCAUGCCGUUCGACGACGCGUCCUUCGACGGCGCAUACUCCAUCGAGGCCACCUGCCACGCGCCCAGGCUGCAGGACGUCUACGGCGAGGUGUUCCGCGUGCUCAAGCCCGGCGGCCUCUACGUCUCCUACGAGUGGGUCACCACGGCCCUGUACCGCGCCGAGGAUCCCGACCACGUCGAGGCCAUCCACGGCAUCGAGCGUGGCGACGCGCUCCCGGGCCUCCGCCGCCAGGACGAGAUCGCAUCCAUCGCCAAGGAGGUGGGCUUCGAGGUCGUCCAGGAGCUCGACCUCGCCCUGCCGCCCGCGCUGCCAUGGUGGACGCGCCUCAAGAUGGGGCGCCUCGCGUACUGGCGCAACUCCCUCGUCGUCCGCGUGCUCACCAUCCUCCGGGUAGCGCCCAAGGGCGUGGUGGAGGUGCACGAGAUGCUGUACGAGACCGCGCAGCACCUCACCCGCGGUGGCGAGACCGGCAUCUUCACGCCCAUGCACAUGGUGCUCCUCCGCAAGCCCAGCACCGCCGCCGCCGCCGAGAGCAAAUAGAGCAAGACGCCGCCGUACACCUUCAUUUUACUCACUCACCCGCCCCCGGAAGGGGGGAUGAAAGGAAUAAUUUCGCAGAGGUACGAAGAGCAGCCUACUACUCCUACUACUACAGUACUACCUGGAGAAGAGUGAGGUUUAAGAGAGUGCUUGAAUUGAAUUUGAUGAUUUAGCUGUAACAAAAUAGGGGACGAUGGAUGAUGCUUCUUGUUACUCAUUCUUGUUGUUCGUAGCUUUCGAUUUCAAUUUUUUGUUGGGCUAGGGAGUUUUUGGAUCGGAGAGGAGAGGUGGAUUAUUUUAGAUUUGUUUUUGCUUGAUCCAUGGAUCAUCGAUCUCAUCUCAUCAGUCAUGUUUUGUCUGGAACAACCAACCAAAAAGAAAUUCAUAAACCUCUGUCGCAAA